GAACAGUUCAGGACACAGGUGGUCAGUGCACACAGCGGGGACAAUUCAGGACACGGGUGGUCAGUGCGCACAACAGGAACAGUUCAGGACACAGGUGGUCAGUGCGCACAACAGGAACAGUUCAGGGCACUCACGGUAAGCAGCUUGCAGACCCUCAGCGGCAGGCGGCUCCAGACAGGGAUGACCAGCGGUCAGCGUUCCAGGGACAACCAGCGAUCAGCAGACAGUAGCAGCUCCCAGGGCACUCAGCAGAAGACAGCCUCCAGGGACACGCAGCCACGGAUAGUAUGCAGGCCCCCUCAGCAACAACUCCCAGGGCACUCAGCAGCAGACAGGGUGCAAGGGUGCUCA